AUGGGCCAGAGACAGGCAUCAACUGUGACGGUCAACCCAUAUGAUGCAAGCACUCACUCCUCAGUAGAGGAGCAGGCUGUGAUCCAUUCCCAUUCUUCUUUGAGACCUCCACAUCCCAGGCCUGCCCAGAACCAUCCACCACCCGGAGACCCCAUGACCAACAACCCAAAGCGUUGGGUGAUAAAGCCCCUCUCCCCUAAGCUAGAGCAGUCAGAUUUGCGCUCCAUAGUGAGCCCAACUGGCCAACCACAGUUGCUAGAGAAUACAUACAGUAGCAAUCAGGACGGUGACUCUUUCAGGUUCAGCUUGGAAAGUAUAACAGUAACAGGCAUGCAGCCUACUGUGAUGGUGUCAUCUGGGAGUAGCACUCCAGAUGUGGUAGUCCAGGCUCGGCAAGUGCCUGUGUCUGAGGAUGGAAGUGACAGUGAAGAAUUUAGGCCUAGUACACCAAGCAGUACAGGCUCAUAUGUUGGAUUCUAUUCCUUUGUAGAUGACCCAGCAAGCCCAGAAGCAGAGAUGAAUGAAGUCUACAUGGUUUCUCCACAAAGGCAGGCCAAACUGAAUACCUUGAAGGAGAAGAGCACCUUUAAGCUACAGACAUACACAGAAGAAAAGAGACCUGGAAGGCUAUUUGAAGAAACUAACGGAGAUGACCAUUACCAAAUUGAGGAUACCUCCACAGUCAAUGAAGACGGGGAAAAUCCAGACCGAAUGGAGAUCAUCCGGAAUCAGGCACCCAGGAAAAGCCCUGCCCUUAAAAAGCAAUGGAGUACCUUAGAAAAUCUGGACCUCAGUAACACUCCGCAAAGGCUCCUGGAUGGGUUUAGUCUAAACUACAAACCAGUGAGUGUAAAGACUGAACAAACCAGGGUUGAGCCUGGCACCAUAGACAAUGAGCAAAUUGACUUUAACGCAGCACGAAAGCAGUUUCUAAUGAUGGAACAAUCAAAACAGAAUCCCUUCCUACAGAGUCCUGAGAGGCUCCCUUAUUCCCCCAAACUGCGAGGAAGAUGUCUAUCCUCAAUGGCCAGCAUCUUCAGUCCAAAACAAGUAAGCAAAGAGAACAGCAUAGAGGAGAAUCAGAUCCCACUAGUAACACAACAAGAAAUAGAAGUAAAGACUGUAACUAUGACUGAGGAUUCAAAAAAUGGAGUUCCAAGUGGUGCCUUAGAUGAUAUUGACUCUGGUCUUGGUGACCGAAGUGGAGGCUACGCCAGUGAUGGUAGCAAUUCGAACGAUCCUUCCAUUUCAGAGAUGGAAAGUAGCUUGACAAUGCUGAUUGCAGAGGAGACUCCCAUUCAAAGGGGAAUCAGA